GAUCGCGUGACGCUUCACCGGGAAUUUCGCCCAUGCCCUAAUCCCCUCCUCAGGCAUUCUCAAUGUCUGACCUCAUCAGACCCCAUCCUCUGUGACCUCUCUGUCAACAAGACGGGUUUUGUGCCUGGGGAAUCCCUCAUGGCGUGUGUCAACAUCAAGAAUGGCUCCUCCCAACCGAUAAAAAUGGUUCAUCUCAGUCUCCUGCAGGUACUAUUUUUGGCAAACCGCAUAGCUGAAAGGGUGAAAAUGUUUGGACAGAAUGAGAGCCAGAAUUCAGUGGAGUUUAUUCGAGUGUUUGCGGCCGUUUUGAAAAACCUCACUGUUCCUCCGAGUCACCCUCAGACAAGCGAGGCUGCAGUUCCCGUGGCCGGAUCGGGAUACUUUGUUGAGACUAUCCACGUGCCUCCCCUUCCUGCGAGUCAGGAUACCCAGUCUUCUUCCAUAAUCCAGAUAGGCUACCUCUUACUGCUCAGGCUCCGACUAUCGCGCAAAAAAACCGCGAAGAACGAGUUCAGAAUGCACAUUCCCAUCACCAUAGGCACCGAUCCCGCCAAAUCAACUUCCUUUCUUGAAGGCAAGGAGGGCAAGUGA